GGAGGUGGACGGACGCACGCUGAGCCCUACUCCUGCUUCACCUCGUCCUCACUGGCCGCAGUGUCAACACAACUCCCCUCACAUAACUCUAAUAACAAACUCUUGACAAGUAAUUUUUCCAAUAAGUUGGGAUAUAUAUACAGAAUUUGUAUCCCCUGAAUGGGUUGUUUGGUGCCCGACUAAAACAGGUUUAUGGGACUUAAAGCACAGAGAAAGCAAGUGCUAAAGUGUGUUAUAUUGGUCAUUGUGUGGAGACUAUGAGAAGUGAUUGUUAAGGAGACGUCUCUGAUGGUCAACAUGUUGUACAGAUCGCGGGCGGCAUGGGCGUCAGUGUGGGCAUGCGUGGGCGUGCUGACAGCUGGCGUGGGCGUGCUGACAGCUGGCAUGGAGGUGGCUGACCCCUCCGUGCUGAUGUUCCUGGAGGAGACCCAGCUGUCAGAUGCCUCGCACAGGAUAGCCAGGUCGAUUCAACAGAUACCUCUGGGCACCUCUGGCUUCUCUAUCCCUGUUGAGAUCGACCCUAUCCCAUCAGGUCCCCGGGUGACGAUGCCUCACAUCAGCUUCAGAGACAUGGGCAACCUGGUUCACCAAGCUACCCUCGCUGUCAACGAGAGGUUCGACUCCAUUGAACCUGCCAUCUACAACAGUGGUGCUCGCCAGGUCCCUGGUACGCCCGCCUGGUUCAUGGCCGCCUCCCACAAGACCAAGGUGGUGGCUAAGAACAUCUCCAGGAUCGCUCUCAUCUCCGAGGAGGCCACCAAGUACACCGCCCAGCAGUACCGACUGGACAAGGACCAGGUGACCUAUGGACUGCCCACAGCUGAUGUAAGAGGUACUGUACUAGGAGACCAGUGCCCUGUUGAGGUGGACUUCCCCUGUCAGCCCAGGAAGUACCGGGCUUUCAACGGGUAUUGCAAUAAUGUGCAGAACCCCAAAUGGGGCAAUGCCAUCACUCGUUACCUGCGGUUCCUGCCUGCCAACUACGGCGAUGGGGUGUCGGUGCCCCGUCAGGCCUCCAGCGGGGACUUCCUGCCUUCAGCACGCAGUGUGAGCCUCGGCCUGCACGGCAGCCACGACACGCCCCACAAGUUCAUGACGGCCAUCGCUGCCGUCUUCGGCCAGUUCAUCUCCCAUGACCUCUCCCACACACCUCAGAUGGCAGGUUACAUCGGACAGCGGCUACGGUGUUGUGGCGUCAACUUCAGCGACUUCCAUCCGGAGUGUUACCCCAUCCGUAUCCCAGAUGGCGACCCAGUCUACGGGCCCCUGCAGCUCAAGUGCCAGGAGUACGUGCGCUCUGGCACCGCCCCCAGGACCGGCUGUACCCUCGGUCCUAGGGAACAGAUCAACCAGGUUACCUCCUUCAUUGAUGGCUCGGUGCUCUAUGGCUCCAGCAAAGAAGAAUCCGACGACCUUCGAGCCUUCACUGACGGCCUCCUCAAGGUGCAGCGUGGCCCCACAGGCAACCAGAUCCUGGCUGAUGAUGAAAACCAGAUUGACUGCAAGUCGUCCUCGGGAAGACACAAGUGCUUCAAGUCUGGAGACGUGAGGGUGAAUGAACAUGUGGGUCUGACCUCGCUGCAUCAGAUCUUCGUCAGAGAACACAAUCGCAUUGCCUCUCAGCUGUCUGCCCUCAAUGCCCACUGGACAGACGAGCAAGCCUUCCAGGAGGCCAGGCGCAUCGUGGGGGCCGAACUGCAGCACAUCACCUACACGGAGUUCCUUCCAUCUAUCCUGGGCCAGGGCAUCCUGGAGAAGUACGGGCUGGCGAUGCAGACCUCUGGGUUCUUCUCUGGGUAUGACAUCAACAUCAAUGCGGGCAUUGCCAAUUCCGUGGCCACCAUUGCUCUCAACUUUGUGGCCUCCAUGCUGCCCAACACCGUCGCCUAUUACAAUGAGGGUCGUAAGCUAAGUGAACGGCCCGUCACCGAGACCUUCUAUGCGCCCUUCGAUCUCUAUGAGCGGGGCAAGUUCGACCAGGUGAUAGAGGGUAUGAUCAGUGCCCACGCUCAGAACGAGGACACAUCGAUGGCCGAUGCCGUGACAAACAAGAUGUUUGCGGACUUGUCUACAGGAGUGGGUCUGGACCUGGCAGCCCAGAUCAUCCAGCAGGGCCGUGACCAUGGCAUUGACGGAUACAACAAGUGGAGACACUUUUGCGGACUUCCUAAGGCGGCCAAAUUUGAGGAUCUCGGGGAUGUAAUGUCCCAAGAUAAUAUCAAGAAGCUCAGGUCCACCUACAAGGAGGUAGAUGACAUUGACCUGUUCACGGGCGGCCUGGCAGAAAAGCCUAACAGGGGAGCUCUGGUUGGGCCCACUUUUGGCUGCCUCAUCGGUCGACAGUUCCAUUACCUGAGACGAGGUGACCGCUACUGGUAUGAGAACGACCUCCCGCCCUCCUCUUUCACCAAAGAACAACUGUACGAGCUGCGGAAGGUGAGCCUGGCAAGGAUUCUCUGCGACAACUCUGAUCAACUCCAGUACGUCCAGCCCAAGGUCAUGCUUGAAGCAGAUUCCUUCUUGAACGCCCGCAUGUCUUGCCAGGGCAAGAACCUCAAGUCCGUGAACCUGAAGAAGUGGAAGACCGCCAGCCCCAACUUCAUCAUCCCGGACAAGAUGCUUCAAGAGAGCAUUGACAGGGCCAAGAGGGACAUCAGCAAUAUGAGGGACUCAGAGUGGAACCUCUGGGAGGCUCAGCUGACAGCUGACCCCAAGGGACCACUUGGAUCAGCCUAUGCCUUCAGCAAGCCCAAAGCCCAGUCCAUCAAGAUUUCAAAUUCAUCUUUCAUCCUUCAGUUUGCUUCAGCUCGCUUCGUCAACAAUUACUUUGCAGGGAAACCCGGUGUGAGAAAGAGCCGUAAUGCCGACAGACAGCUGAAGGAUAUAGAGUCGGGCUCUCCCAACAACGUGGUGGACCUGAUGGAAGUGCUGCCCAACAUUGAUGUCAGUGACAUCAUGGAGAUCCCAAACGUGUUCGAGUGUGAUGACCAGACCCUUCCCUGCGACCACACCACGAGGUUCAGAACGGCUACCGGCUGGUGCAACAACCUCAACUUCCCAGCAUUUGGCAAGUCCUUCCGGGCUAAUAGCCGCCUCCUCAGACCUGCCUACGAUGAUGGACUAUCCAAGCCCAGGACCACCUCUGUGACAGGCCGGCCCCUACCCUCACCUCGACUCAUCUCAACAAACAUGCACAAUGACGUGUCGGCACCACAUGUGCGCUACACGCUCAUGGUGAUGCAGUGGGGGCAGUUUAUUGACCAUGACAUCAUCUUCACCCCCGUCAACAAAGGGUUCCAGGACUCCAUCCUGGACUGCAGAAGUUGUGAUUCCCCGCAGACGGUCCAUCCGGAGUGCUUUCCUAUCCACAUCCCACCCAAUGAUCCGUUCUUCCCUCCGGUCAACAUCUCUUCCGGACAGCCCUUCUGUAUGCCUCUAACACGUUCCAUGCCUGGUCAGCUUACCCUUGGUUACCGGGAGCAGAUGAACCAAGUGACUGCAUUUAUUGAUGCGUCCCAUACCUAUGGCUCGGAUAAGUGCGAGCAACGGCAACUGCGAACACUUAAGGACGGGCUAUUGAAGGGCACAACCAACCCUCUCCGUGGCAAGCCUCUCCUGCCCACAGAGUCAGACAACCAUGAAUGUCAGGCACCUUCAGGAAAAUGUUUUAUUGGAGGGGAUACUCGAGCAUCGGAGCAGCCAGGUCUGGCAGCCCUCCACACCCUGCUGAUGCGUGAACACAACCGUGUAGCACAUGGACUGAAGACCCUCAAUCCUCACUGGACCGAUGAGCAGCUCUUCCAGAAUGCCCGUCGCAUAGUCACGGCUGUCAACCAACACAUCACUUACAAUGAAUUCCUCCCCAGGGUGCUAGGAUGGAAUGCUAUCAACCUCUAUGAGCUUGGCCUCCUCCCUGAGGGCUAUUUUGAGGGUUACGACCCAUACUGCAACCCCACUGUUGUGAACGAGAUUGGGAUCGCCUUCCGUUUUGGUCACUCGCUGUUGAAGCCUUCACUAGAGAGGAUGGACAGCAUUUUUGCCAAGCGGGACCCACCGGUGAAGUUGAGUGACCACUUCUUCAAUCCUGAUCUCCUUUACCAACCAGGGAUGUUGGACGAGAUUAUCCGUGGUCUUACCACUGUAUCCAUGGAGACCCUAGACCAGUUCAUCACAGAUGAAGUAACCAACCAUCUCUUCGAGGAUACAAAGAAGCCAUUUUCAGGUCUUGAUCUUGCCUCGCUCAACGUUCAGCGUGGGAGAGACCAUGGCCUCCAGCCUUACAACGAAUACCGUGCCCUCUGCAACCUCACAAAGGCCCGCAACUUUGAUGACCUCCAUCGUGAGAUUGCAACACCAGUCAUUGAACGCCUCAAACGAACCUAUACCCACGUUGACGAUAUCGAUCUCUUCACUGGCGGUCUGAUAGAAACGCCCCUCCAUGGGGGUUUGGUCGGGCCCACCUUUGGCUGCAUUCUAGGCAUUCAGUUCCGCAACCUGAGGAUGUGCGACCGCUUCUGGUAUGAAAAUGCUGACCCACUGGUCCGCUUCACUGAUCCACAGCUCACCGAGAUCCGAAAGGUGACGUUGGCAAAAUUGCUCUGUGAAAACUGCGACACUGUUGAGUCGGAACAGCGCUCUGCCUUCGACCUCCCCGAUCCUUUCUUGAACCCCAGGGUAGCAUGCCGGGACUUGCCUGGUGUCAACCUGGAGCUUUGGAAGGAGAGAGUGUCCUGCGGUGUUGGCAGGACCAACAUCGAAAUUGGAGGUGCUGAAAGAAUAUCUCCGUGUGUUAUGUGCACCUGCACUAAGGAAGGGCCUGUGUGUCAGAGCCUGAAAAUCGACAACUGCUUCCACCUGGCCCAGUCAUACAGCCCGGAGGCCAUCCUCAACGACCACGUCUGUAAGGUCCAGUGCGCCUUUGCCUUCCGGGCCUUCCCCAAAGUGGGCUCCCAGAAUUCUAACCAACUUGGCUUCUCCAACAGAUAAGCUAAUAACUGCAGUGGGUUUAUGUGGGGUUGUGUGUGUUAUGUUUUGUGAUCAGCCCCAUCUGGUAUUUAUUGGACAAUCAAAAAUCCGAACAUAGUCAAACGAAUAAGUACUCGCUAAAUACUCAAAUUACUGCAAAGUCAAGCAGCCAAUUACUAUCGAUACUCAAAUGAUUACAUACUCAGAUACGCACUCACCAGUUACUUAAUUAGAAGUUAUAAAACCAUUAGAAUUAGGUAUAUACAUGAUUCAAAAUCCAGAUCUAAAUUUUUCCUUAAGAAAUGACUAUUUAAUUGAAUGGAGAAGAUGUUCUAGAUCAAUGGGUAGUUCUGUUAACUCACAGCCACAAACUACUAAAUAAUUCUGUCAAACUACUGAAACCUUCUGCUCUUUCUCUGUAACCUUAACUACUCUACUUCUAGCUGUUGUCAAGAUUGUUACUCCACAUCCUUCAGUUUGAUACAAGAGAUUCAAAAGCAGUAAUUUGUCACCAACUACCAGCAUGAAUUUAUUAAUAUUUCAAACUAUUAAAUGAACCAAUUUUAAAAAUCAAUUUUAACCCUUGAAACUCUUACUGUACUAAAAUGCAGUCACCGACUUAUAAAUACACGUAACUCAAGUUGCUUAAUUCACUUAACUCUACAGUACUACAUUAGUGCCUCUACACACUAUCCCUUCCCUCAGCACCUGACCAUCUUCCGCAACACCUGACCGCAUUUCUCUACACCUCGCCCCCUCUUUCCACACCUCGCCCCCUCUUUCCACACCUCACCCCCUCUUUCCACACCUCACCCCCUCUUUCUACACCUCGACCCCUCACUCAGCACCUCGACCCCUCACUCAGCACCUGAACACCCCCCCCCCCUCUCUAUCCUUGACCCCUCCUGCAGCAUAAUGCCCCCCUCUACACCCUGCCAGCUCCUGCCUACAAUAAUGAGUCGGAGGACAAUGUUACAUUCUCUGAAAAUUGGCCUUUUUGGAAGGUCACUGGAACGAACGAUUUCCAUCAAUACUAGACAGUAACUUUAUAUUCUUCACGUAUAAUUGUACUUCGUCACGUUUUCUUAUUAUAUGUCACUAUAUAUAUAUAUCACUAUCUUAUUAUAUAUAUUAGGGAGCCGGUCGGCCGAGCGGACAGCACACUGGACUUGUGAUCCUGUGGUCCUGGGUUCGAUCCCAGGCGCCGG